GUUCCGUGCCGCGCCGCGACGCGCCGCCGUGUCUUCUUCCUCUGUCCCCAUCACGCUGUGCGCAGCAGCGUAUAUAACACUGAACCACACCAUCACCCCCUCUUGUUCUGCUCGCUUCCUCUCCGCAGAAACAUGACCGAGACCGUGCUCCACCGCGCCGCCAAGCAGCCGAACGGAGAUGCCAUGGCGGAAACGUCGACCGCCGACGACGUUUUCGACGACUCCUACAGAGAAAAGGAGGGGAAGAAGCCGCCGAGGGUCCUGGUGUGGAGGAAUAUCAUCAUGAUGUGCCUCCUGCAUGGUGGAGCGCUCUAUGGACUGGUUCUCCUCCCUUCCGCAUCGUGGUUAACUCUUGGAUGGACUGGAGCGUGCUACUUGAUGAGCGCUCUCGGCGUGACUGCUGGUGCGCACAGAUUAUGGAGCCACAGGUCCUACAAGGCUUCUUUUCCCCUGCGAGUCUUCCUCGCCCUUGGCAACUCCAUGGCGUUUCAGAAUGACAUUUACGAGUGGGCCAGGGACCAUCGUGUCCACCACAAGUACUCGGAGACAGACGCAGACCCUCACAACGCCAAACGGGGCUUCUUCUUCUCCCACAUUGGCUGGCUGCUGGUCCGCAAACAUCCCGACGUCAUCGAAAAGGGACAGAAGCUGGAGAUGGGAGAUCUGAGGGCGGAUAGUGUGGUGAUGUUCCAGAGACGGUACUACAAGCAGUCUGUGGUGCUGCUCUGCUUCCUCGUUCCCAUGUUGGUACCUUGGUACUUCUGGGGGGAAUCCUUGGUUGUGGGUUAUUUUGUUCCUGGACUCCUGAGGUACACCGUGGUGCUCAAUGCGACCUGGCUGGUCAACAGCGCUGCGCACAUGUGGGGCAACAGGCCAUACGACAAGACCAUCAACCCUCGGGAAAACCAAUUUGUGGCCUUGAGUGCCAUAGGGGAGGGCUUCCACAACUACCAUCACACGUUUCCCUUCGACUACUCUACCAGCGAGUUCGGCUGCAAGAUCAACCUCACCACCGCCUUCAUCAACCUCAUGUGGUUCUUGGGUCAGGCCAAAGAUUGCAAGAGCGUUUCCAGAGACACGAUCGCUGCUCGCAUCCAGCGAACGGGCGACGGCAGCUACAAGAGUGGCUGAGUACGACGGGGGGAGGCCGCGGCCACAAACUCUCAGAGUGAUGCAAACACGCCGAACCGAGACAGAACGUAGCAACAAGUGCAGCAGCAUUUCACUAGUGCGGUGGUGAUUACCAUGCUUCUUUGUGAAACUAAUAUCGGCUUGAACGAGUUGUUUCCAUUAAAAGUUGUGAAUCUCUUUUAAGUUCUGAAGUGUCUUCACCAAGUGUUUGCAACUAGUAGAGAUUUGACUACAUGUGCAAAGCAGCUUUUUCAUCCUAUUAUUAAAAAAUGUCAUUAAGAGACUGGAUGUAUUAUCUUUUUGGCAAGAUGAAAACAGCACCAACAAAAACACAUGAAUAUAAAAAAGUGUGUAAGCUAUGUGUAGAGGUAGUAGUUGCAGAAUAAUUUUCUGCACAUAUUUAUACAUUUAUUUGCUAGUUAUUAAUUGUCUUUUGCACUUUGAAGCUUUAUUGAAACCUUUAUGGUUUCUCUGCAAGCGAGACUGAAGUCACUUUGCUUUAAAUUGGAGGUGCUUUGUUGCACCCAAUGAGAUGUGGAUUUUUAACCUGGCAUUUGUAUGUUUUUCACCAAGCUUUAGUUUAUUUUGUCUCACCAAAAUAUAGAUUGGUAUGUUGGAAAUGUGACAUCAGCGCAGUCAGGCCUCCAUUUUUGCUCUUGCUAUUUUUGGCCCUGGAAGAGCACAGCUCCAAAGUGCCAUAGGUGGGGUUGCUUUGGCACCUGUAGUGUCUAGUUUUCUUAUCAAGAAGGAUAAAGUUGUCUGAUAUAACAUAUUUUUGUUCUCAUUCAGAUAAAAAGACACAUCAGACUGCAUAUUUUAAUACUUCCCUAUGAAAGCAGAUUUUUCUCUUGCAUUAAAAAAUCUUUGAGUUAUGUAAUGUUCUCCACGUCAGUAAAAAGGGCCCACGAGACAUGGAGAAGGCACAUUCUUUUUUCUUCUAAUGUGUCAUAGUACAGAAAUGUUCAGUCCAAAUGCCUUACAAUGGUUCUACACAUCCUUAAAGCUCAUAGUGCAAUAUAUACAGAUAAAACAGGCCUAACAAUUGGUGUCUUUUAGCUUUUCAACAGCAUUUAUACCCCCUGUCAAACCUGUUUGUUUAAAGUGAAAGACAAUGAAUUAAAGGAAAUCUAUUUAGACUUCUCUUUAACCAAACAAGAAUUUACCUAAAUUACACGGAAAACUUUUUAGGACAUUUUUGAAAGUACCAUUGUAAUAUUUGUCAAAAUUUUCUCUAUAACAAAACAACACUUGUAAUGUGUUGGGAAAUGGCACUUUUGUUUCAAAUGAAUGUUUUGUAUCUACUGUAUGAGAUAAAUAAACCAAACUUUUAUGCAAAA